UUUUUUUUUUUUCUACGACACACCAUGGGCUACGAUAAACUGGAUGCUGCAUUGGCAUGGCAACGUAAUUUGCCUCCAACUGGUUCCAACAUCGUGAUAGCUGAUACCCUCAAGUCCAAUGGAAACUUCUUACUGCAUCACUUCAUUGUAAAUCACCUCAGAGCAAACCAGCCCGUGAUAGUGAUCGGGCUCAGCCAGAUCUUCAAUCACUACUUUCUGAUCGGUAGAAAACUUGGUAUCAAUUUGCAAACGCUCAAGCAAAAUCAACAAUUUGUCUUUAUUGAUGGCUUGACUCACCUUACAUCAUACACUCAAAAAGCACCAUUCCCAUCGGUGACAACACCAACCACACCCAACGCAGUGCUCAAUGGAACCAAUGUACAAGAAUUUUACAAUGCAAUUCGAGAACGAGUGGAAGCCAGUGCGAAACAAUCGCCAAACCCUCUUGUAAUUAUUGACGAUGCCAAUGUUCUGCUGUGGGCCGGAUUUUCUCAUAAUGAUGUGCUUUCAUUGCUGCACAAUAUUCGAGUUUUGAUUGAAUCAGUGAAGGGGAAUUGCACAAGGUGUACUGUGAAAUCCAUGUGACAUAAUAAA